GAAUCCAGGUUGACAAAGGAACAGAUUUCGGAAUAUAGAGACCUGUUCGACGCCAUUGACAAAAACAGAGAUGGGGUGAUAACAAGCAAUGAGCUGGGUGAAGCCAUGAGAGCCGUGGGUCAGAAUCCAUCUGCAGCAGAGCUCCAGAAGAUGAUCGCCAAAGCGGAUGUUAAUGGAGAUGGCAAAGUCGACUUCCAGGAGUUCUCGAUCAUGAUGGCUCGACAGAAGAAGUACUCAAGUAAAGAGGAGGAGUUGAGGGACGUGUUUAAGUUUGUAGACAUCGAUGGUAGCGGGUCCAUCUCGGCAGACGAAUUGCAACAGAUGAUGGUUAACCUGGGAGAGCGGGUCACCAAGGAGGAGGUCAUGGACAUGAUGCGGGAGAUAGAUAUGGACGGGGAUGGGCAAAUAGAUGUUGAUGAAUUUGUGAAAAUAAUGCUGCCGAAGUAA